AUGGAAACUUUUUUAUCUCAAAAUGGAUUAUCAUUAGUAGAAAAUGAAAAUAAAUUUCGUUCAAUAAUUACGAAUAAAAAAAUUGAUAUAGGAAAAACGAUAAUUAUAUCACAUCCUUUAAUAUCAUUUCCAAUUUUAACAUAUAAUAAAAUUAGAUGUGAUCAAUGUUUAAAAAAGAAGGAAAAUAAUUUACAAACAUGUUCAAAAUGUCAAAGAGUUUAUUAUUGCGAUAGAUCAUGUCAAAAAUCAUCUUGGAUAUCACAUCAUAAAUUACUUUGUCCUCUUUAUAAAAAAUCAAAAAAUAAUAUGGAUGAAGAAAUGUUAAAAAGAGUUACAAUUUUAAUUGAAAAAUUUUUUAAUAAUAAUAAUAAUAAUGAAAAUUAUUUAUUUGAAACAUUCUUAAAAUUAAUGACUCAUAGAACAGAACAAUCUAUUAAUAAUUUAAAAUCUUUUGAAAAAAUUUCUAAUAAUACAUAUGAAAAUUUAAAUUUCAAUAAGAUCUCUAAAGAUGAUUUAAUUAAUUAUUUAUGUGUAUUUUAUUGUAAUAAUUUUAAUUUACAUGAUAAUCAAUUAUUUGUAUACGGGGAAGGAACAUUCCCAAUAGGAUCAUUGUUUAAUCAUUCUUGUCGACCGAAUGCGAUCGUAAUGUAUGAUGGUGCAGUACAAAUAAUUAAAUGUAUCGAAGUUAUAAAUGUUGGGGAAGAAAUUAAUAUUUCUUAUAUUGAUGUAGCGUUAGAUAGAGUGACUCGAAAGAAAAUGUUACAAGAAAAAUAUUUCUUUGAAUGUCAAUGUUCAAGAUGUUCUGUUCAAGAAAGAUGUUCUGGUAUAUUUUCUAAAAUUGAUCAAUUAAUUGAAGAAAAAGAUCAAGAAAUUACGAAAAAAGAUUUUAAUACAUCACUUGAAAAUUGGGUAUCAUCAGAAUCUAAAUUAGAACAAAAUGAAUCAAAAUUUUCUAAAGUAACAAAGUUAAUAUUAUCAAAUUUAUUAUCACAUAUAAAAAAUAAUACGACAGAUAAUGAUUAUAUAAAUUCAUUAUCUGAGAUAAUUUCAAUAUUAUUUCAAAAUUAUUCAAAAACAAAUUUAUUUUAUAUUUCUUCAUUUUCAUUUACUACAAAAUUAUUUUAUGAUAAAAUUGAUUUACAACAAUGGUAUCAAUCAACAAUUCUUGGAAAUUAUAUUCUUUCAAUUUAUUUAAUAAUUUAUCCUAGAUAUCAUCCAAUGAUUGGUUUACAUUUAUUUACUUUGGGAAAAUGUUAUUGGAAUGAUAUUACAAAUGGUUUAGAAUCUGUUAAAGAAUCUAUUAAUAUUUUAGAAUGCGCUCAAAAAGUUUUGAAUAUUACACAUAAUGAAGGUGCUGAAAAUGUUGAUAUAAUUAAUCAGGUAAAUGAUUUAUUAAAUACGGCAAGAAAAGAUUUAUCUUGUGUUUAA